AUGCCCGCUAAGGGUCUUUCAUACGCCAGUCACGGGCUCUUGAGCACCUCGACAAAACGCUCGACAAACCCUAUGAGCAUGAACGGCGGCAAAACUCGACCGAGUGGUUGCGCCGAUCAGGGUCCUACUUCCAGCGUACCGCUCACCUGA